AAGAUGGCGAAAUUUUUGCAAGUUACGCUGGAUGAAAUGGCUGCUGAAGCGAAAAGAAGUUCGCAUGAAACCUCCGAUAAAGCGAAGGAACUCGUGGAAUUUUUUCAGAGCGUUCGCCAAGGAGGUGGAAAAGUCAGUCCGGAGAAAAUUAUCCGCUUCAGUAAACUUUUCGAGGACGAGUUGACCUUGGAUUCUUUGAAUCGGCAGCAGCUCGUAGCCCUCUGUAGAAUGCUGGAGUUGCAACCUAUCGGCACUCAGGCCUUCCUCAGGUGGCAACUCCGAAUGAGAUUGCGAAGUUUGAAAGCCGAUGAUAAGCUCAUCUUAAAGGAAGGAGUCGACAGUCUUACAGUUUGGGAACUGCAGCAAGCGUGUAAAUCUCGCGGUAUGAAAGCCUUCGGUGUUUCCGAAGAUCGAAUGCGUCAAAACCUCAACGAAUGGCUCGUUCUA